AUUGACAAUGUUAUAACUUAUAAAACAAUUCAUAAGACAAAAUUGUCUGUCUAGUGGUCUAACUGUUCCACUAAAAUUAUUUUCGUUCAUAUCUAAGAGUUAUAUUCACAUCAACGGCAUAAUUUUUGAAGUUGCUUUGUGUAAUUGUAUUAAGAGUUAAAAAUAAGAAAAAUGGCUAACAUAAUAUAUUUUGAGAAUAGUAUUCUGUCAACAUCUGUGUUUAAAAACAUUGACGACUUAAAGCUGAGUAUUUCAUCACAAUAUGGUGUACCUUCACAAGAUUUAUAUGUUAUUGUCAACGGGAAAAUAGCAAACAGUGAGACGAAUUUGGAAAACACGAACCAUGUUAUCAGAGUGUGUACUAAAAUUGUUGGGGGGAAAGGUGGAUUUGGGUCCAUGUUACGUGCUAUCGGAGCACAAAUUGAGAAAACAACUAACCGUGAAGCAUGUAGAGAUCUCUCCGGGAGACGUUUGCGUGAUAUUAACGAAGAAAAACGCCUCCGAAAGUGGUUGGAAGGUCAGGAAGAGCGCGAACGCGAAGCCGCCGAGAGGAAACAAAAGAAAAUCGAGAGAUUAAUUGCGGAACCCAAAAUUGAGAUUAAUUUGAGCCCCGUUUAUGAAAAAGAACGACAGGAACUGCCAGAACGAGUGAGUGCAGCGGUGGACGCGGGGUGGCAAGCAGCGGGAUCUUCUAACGAAGGUAAACGUAAGUCUGAAGAAGUACCAGCUAAAGGUAAGAAGAAACCAAAGUUAUGGAUAGAUGCGGAUUUGUCAGACUGUUCGUCAUUGAGUGAAGAUGAGGAAGAAGAAGUGAAGUCGACGGCUGGUCAAACAGUGUCCACAGAUAGCGGAAACGAGUCUGACCGUGGAUCAAUUAGUAAUAAAGCUUAGUACAGAAAUGUGAAGACUCUUGUAGUCAAUUAUAUGUAAGAGUAUACUCUUAAAAUAAUCAGGUAACUUACAUUAACACAGCUCAAAAUAUCUAGAACUAUGUAUAAUAUUUUAAUUUUAUUAUGUUUUCUAAUAAUGUUGUUUAUUUGAAUUUAUUAAAUCUUAGCAUAUAUAUAAAUCUGAAGCUAGAUUAUCAAUAUAUUUGGCUGUAAAAAUUGGAUAUUAUUUAAUUUUAUUGUUCAACAUACAUAUAAGAGGAUAAACAUUUUUUUAGGUCUAAGGAGGUUCAAACAAAAGAGUUUCGAUUAUAUUGCAUUAAAAUAAACAUAACUGCAAGAGAAUUAAGAAUCUAGCUUAAUAAUAUACAAAUACAUAUUUAACAGAAUAUUUAACAUAAAAUUAGACAAGGGGGUAUUAUUUAACUAAAGUAAAUAAAAACAUCGAAAGCCAGUAAAUAUAAUUUUUAAUAUUCAUAUUAUCGAUAAGAGAAUAACUUCUUUCAAUGUCACAUAUUCCAUUAUUAAUGCUUAUAUGUAAAAUCAUACUGAACUUUGUUUUUUAUGAAUUUUCGAUGUACAGAUACAAAAUUAGAAAAACGGAAAUUUAUCUCGGGUCAAAAUAAACCUAAUAUUUUUGGAUGUACCUACUAUUGCAUUUUUUAUUAUUUUAAACUAUGUACUCCCAAUGUUAUCUUGUCUGCAUUUGAUCAUGGUUGCGGCAAAGUAUCGAAAUGUGCGAGUUUGUAGUUUAAAAUAAUCAAAAAACUCAUAGAUAAUAAAUAUGAAAAUGUCAGUUUAAACUUAUCCGUUGGUUUAUUGAACUUCAAGCUGUAGUAAUCUGAACUAAACAUAAUCUAAGUUGCAUUUAGUGGUUUUAUUUUUAACUGAAUCGUCAUUCAUCAUUCCAUCAUAUUAGGUUUGUGCUUGUUAUAUGUAGCAUGUUAUUAUAUGGCAACAUUACAGAAUACUUCCUAACAAUAAACAAAUACAUUAUAAAUUGAUUAUUCUAAAUAAAUUUAUCUUUAUAUAUAGAAAAAACAAUGUUUGUGUAUUUUUAAGGUAGUUUUAUAUUUUGUGUAAAUAAAUUGUGAUGAAACAA